CUCCGGGGCCGGGGAUGGCGGCGGCCGCGGUUGCGGCGGCUCCGGGACGAGCGGGAGGGGCCCGAAGAGCGUCGUGAGAUGGGCCGGCUCCCAUGCCAGCGGGGAGAACACUGCUUCUUACUACAGCUGCUCAGAAGCACCACUGGAAGCUCAGAUCCAAAGAACUGGAGCCUGAUUGGAAGAAAUAGGUGACAAAGUUCAUAUGCAUUGAAGUGUUCAAACCAAAAAGAUACUUUUUGACAAUGGACAAAAGCAUGUAUGAAAGCAGAUGUGGGCGCCCCAGCCAGCAGCAGAGAGGGUUCAGGGGAGCCACAGAGAAGUCCCUUCUGAUGCCCCAAGGAGCAAGCCGACCCCUUCCAGGCUCCAGGAACACCACAAAGCAAUAUGAAACCUGUUCAUGAGAGGAGUCAGGAAUGCCUUCCACCAAAGAAACGAGACCUCCCCGUGACCAGCGAGGAUAUGGGGAGAACUACCAGCUGCUCAACUAACCACACACCCUCCAGUGAUGUCUCUGAAUGGUCCCGAGGGGUUGUGGUGGCAGGGCAGAGCCAGGCAGGAGCGAGAGUAAGCCUGGGGGGUGAUGGAGCUGAGGCCAUCACUGGUCUGACGGUGGACCAGUAUGGCAUGCUGUAUAAGGUGGCUGUGCCACCUGCCACCUUCUCCCCAACUGGCCUCCCAUCUGUGGUGAACAUGAGCCCUUUGCCCCCCACAUUUAAUGUAGCGUCUUCACUGAUUCAACAUCCAGGAAUCCACUAUCCCCCAAUCCACUAUGCUCAGCUCCCAUCCACCUCUCUGCAGUUUAUUGGGUCUCCUUAUAGCCUUCCCUAUGCUGUGCCACCUAACUUCCUACCGAGUCCCCUCCUUUCUCCUUCUGCCAACCUUGCCACUUCCCACCUUCCACACUUUGUGCCAUAUGCCUCGCUCCUGGCAGAAGGAACCACUCCUCCUCCCCAGGCUUCAUCCCCAGCUCACUCAUUCAAUAAAACCCCCUCUGCCACCUCCCCACCUGGGCAGUUGCCACAUCACUCCAGUACUCAGCCACUGGACCUUGCUCCAGGCCGGAUGCCCAUUUAUUAUCAGAUGUCCAGGCUACCUGCUGGGUACACCUUACAUGAAACCCCUCCAGCUGGUGCCAGCCCAGUUCUUACCCCUCAGGAGGGCCAGUCUGUUCUGGAAGCAGCCCCUGCCAAUGGACAGAGACAGCGAGAAAGAAUUUUAGUAAGACGGGAGAGUGAAGCCCUCGACUCCCCCAACGGCAAGGGUGACGGCCAGGGACUGGUGCCAGUGGUAGAAUGUGUGGUGGAUGGACAGUUGUUUUCAGGUUCUCAGACUGCACGGGUGGAGGUGGCGGUGCCAGCACACCGAGGGACCCCUGACAUUGACCUCGAGGUCCAGCGGGUGGUUGGCACUUUAGCUUCUCAGGACUAUCGUGUGGUGGCAGCUCAGAGGAAAGAUGAGCCCAGCCCUCUCAACCUGUCCCAUCAUACCCCUGACCACCAGGGUGAGGGGCGAGGGUCAGCCCGGAACCCAGCAGAGGUGGCCGAGAAAAACCAGGCCCGGGGUUUCUACCCUCAAUCCCAUCAGGAACCGGUGAAACAUAGACCUUUACCCAAAGCAAUGGUUGUAGCCAAUGGCAACCUGGUGCCCACUGGAACUGACACAGGCCUGCUGCCCAUGGGCUCGGAGAUCCUGGUGGCAUCAAGUUUGGACACACAGGCCAGAGCCAUCUUCCCAGACAAGGAGCCAACUCCACCCCCCAUUACCUCCUCCCACUUGCCCUCCCAUUUCAUGAAAGGCGCCAUCAUCCAGCUGGCUACAGGGGAGCUGAAGCGGGUGGAGGACCUCCAGACCCAGGAUUUUGUGCGCAGUGCCGAAGUGAGCGGGGGGCUGAAGAUUGACUCUAGCACAGUCGUGGACAUUCAGGAGAGCCAGUGGCCUGGAUUUGUCAUGCUGCAUUUUGUGGUCGGUGAGCAGCAGAGCAAAGUGAGCAUCGAAGUGCCCCCCGAGCACCCCUUUUUUGUAUAUGGUCAGGGUUGGUCCUCUUGCAGCCCUGGGCGAACUGCACAGCUCUUCUCUCUGCCCUGCCAUCGGCUACAGGUGGGAGAUGUCUGCAUCUCUAUCAGUUUACAGAGCUUGAACAGUAACUCAGUUUCUCAGGCCAGCUGUGCUCCCCCAGGCCAGCUGGGUAACCCUCGAGAAAGGCCUGAGAGGACAGUCUUGGGACCCAGAGAGCAAUGUGACAGUGAGGGGAAGAGCCAGCCGUCAGGCGAGGGCUCCCGAACAGUAGAGCCCUCCCAGCCAGGGCCUGGUGCUCAGGCUUGCUGGCCAGCUCCGAGCUUCCAAAGAUACAGCAUGCAAGGGGAGGAGGCACGGGCUGCGCUGCUCCGUCCCUCUUUCAUUCCACAAGAGGUAAAACUGUCCAUCGAAGGGCGUUCCAAUGCAGGAAAAUGAACCUCUCUCCCAGACCAGACUGGGGCUUUACCCCAGAGCUGGCCUCACCGUGAGCAGGCAGAGGAUUUGCACAUGUCAAGUAGGGAAUGGCUCUCUUGGCAGUGAGAUUGGGGGCGGGAGUGGGGGAGAGGAGGCAUGAAGGCAUCCUCCCAAGGCAGGGUCUGUUGCUCAUUACCCUGUGGCAUCCUUUUAGGAUAGCCCCAGAGGAUGCUGUGAUGGGGGAGCAGCAGGCCUGGGCCAAGGAAAUAAGGGGGUGCAUGCAGGAUAAGAAACAUUCCAAAUAUCAGGGCCUCCCUGUUUUUUCCUCCCCAUCCCUAGCUCCUGUAAGGGGAAAGUCGGGCUUUGGGAGCAGGUGGCAGAGGGAGGGAGCAAAGAAAGAGCCAAAAAUGAUGAUCCACAGCUUAUAGUAGCAGUUCAACUGUCUGAAGUUUUUUUUUCCUUUUUUGUGGUGGGAGGGCAGGAGGCCCCAUGGUUGGAAUAAGAGGGUUCCCACCCAGAACUCUUCUUUUGAGAGCUGUGCACUUUAAAGGGUAAUUUUGUUACACAGAUGUCUGUGGCUGGUUUGUGGGGGAGGAGCACUCAUCUACAGGACUGGUUGAUCCUGCUUCAGCCCUUUUCUAUUUCUCCUCACCAUUCCUCCCACAAGCUUCUAGCAUCAGGAAAGAGAAGCCCCUGUAGGGUUUAGAGCGAAGUACUGCUUUAGUGGGGACCCAGUCAAGGGACUUUGGGAGAAAGACCUUAUGGCCAGGCUGACCGGGUUCUAGGCAGGGCUUCUGGAAAGGAAGCUGACCUAACAAAGCUCCUACCCAGCAUGCCAGACCUGCUACAAGAUUGUACUGAAUCUCUAGUUGGUAAUGGUGACUUUUGAAAGAACUAGUGGACCCUUUUCCCCAGGCCCUGCACCCCUCCUCUGUCUGUGUUGUGCCUAAGUGCCUAUGUGGCUCCCACCCUUCUGCUGCCCUAACCUUACCUCUGCAUGGUUUCUUGACCUGGGCCUAAUAUGUAGCUGCACUGCCUUUCCCCUUCUGCAAAAUUGGUUUUGUCCACUCUGACCAAGACCUCUAGUUUCUGGUGUGUAGGGGUCUCUCUGGUUUCCCCUUUAGGUAUAUUCUCUGUUUUUAAAAACUCAAAGAAUCAUGUCCCCUCUGCAGCUAAACAGCUUAGUGGAGAAACAAGGGAACUCUGCCACGGGUCAGGGCAAAUACACCUGGCUGGGCAGUGCCCAUCCUGGCAUUUUUACAUAGCUCCUUCCAUCUUAAUUCCACUUCCUUUUCUAGCUGUCCUUUUUCACAGCCAGCUCUAAGGUUCUGGGAUAGUCUCAAUAACGUUUCAAUACAUAAAGUCGCCUAGAUUUCAUUUUGUGGUGGAAUAUUCCUCUGCAAAGAGUAUUUUCAAUCUUAGUUGCAUUUGCCCCUCUGUCUUAAAUCUACAUUUUUUUCACAACUUUUAGCAUCAGCUCAGACUGGGAUUCUACUGGGUAUUGAGAAUUAG